AUAGAUCCGGCCCCGGCUCUGCGUGCGGGACUCGGGUGGUAGCCGCAAUGGCUGGGUUCUCUUCUUAGCCCUAGAAGCCGGGCAGGUGUGGCCCGUGCAACACGCCGUUGUGACCGGGAGGAGCUUUCGGGACCCUUUUGGCCCGGGCGGCCUGAGGUGGCGGCGAGGCGGGUGCUGCGCGCGACAGGCUGGGCCUGGCCUGGCGUUCCAGGCGGGAGGAACUGGUUUGUGGCCUCUGUGACUCCCAGCAGAAGUUUACUAGCCCAGCUCCAUAGUGAAAAUGCAUAUUAAGUCAAUCGUUCUUGAGGGAUUCAAGUCCUAUGCUCAGAGGACUGAAGUCAAUGGUUUUGACCCCCUCUUCAAUGCCAUCACUGGUUUAAAUGGUAGUGGGAAAUCCAACAUACUGGACUCCAUCUGCUUUUUGCUGGGCAUCUCCAACCUGUCUCAGGUUCGAGCUUCUAAUUUACAAGAUUUAGUUUACAAAAAUGGGCAAGCUGGUAUUACCAAAGCCUCAGUGUCAAUCACCUUUGAUAAUUCUGACAAAAAGCAAAGCCCUUUAGGAUUUGAGGUUCAUGAUGAAAUCACAGUAACAAGGCAGGUGGUUAUUGGUGGCAGAAAUAAAUAUCUAAUUAAUGGAGUAAAUGCAAACAACACCAGAGUGCAAGAUCUCUUCUGUUCUGUUGGCCUUAAUGUUAACAACCCUCACUUUCUCAUCAUGCAGGGUCGAAUUACAAAAGUAUUGAAUAUGAAACCUCCAGAGAUUUUAUCCAUGAUAGAAGAAGCAGCUGGUACCAGGAUGUAUGAAUACAAAAAAAUAGCUGCCCAAAAAACUAUAGAGAAAAAGGAGGCUAAGCUGAAAGAAAUCAAGACGAUACUUGAAGAGGAGAUUACUCCAACCAUUCAAAAGUUAAAAGAGGAAAGAUCUUCCUAUUUGGAGUACCAGAAAGUAAUGAGAGAAAUAGAACAUUUGAGUCGUUUAUAUAUUGCAUAUCAGUUUUUGCUGGCUGAAGAUACCAAAGAACACUCAGCUGAGGAGUUAAAAGAAAUGCAGGAUAAAGUUGUAAAGCUUCAAGAAGAAUUGUCGGAGAAUGAAAAAAAAAUAAAAGCACUUAAUCAUGAAAUAGAAGAGUUGGAAAAAAGAAAAGAUAAGGAAAUUGGAGGUAUACUACGCUCUUUAGAAGAUGCUCUUGCAGAGGCUCAGCGAGUUAAUACUAAAUCUCAAAGUGCCUUUGAUCUCAAGAAAAAAAAUCUGGAAAGUGAAGAAAACAAACGCAAAGAGCUGGAAAAAAAUAUGGUCGAGGACUCUAAAGCUUUAGCGGCAAAGGAAAAAGAGGUUAAAAAGAUAACAGAUGGACUGAAUGCCCUUCAAGAAGUGAGCAAUAAAGAUGCUGAAGCUCUGGCUGCCGCACAGCAGCACUUCAAUGCUGUUUCUGCUGGCCUGUCUAGUAGUGAAGAUGGAACAGAAGCAACUCUUGCUGGUCAAAUGAUGGCCUGUAAAAAUGACAUAAGUAAAGCUCAGACAGAAGCCAAACAGGCUCAGAUGAAGUUGAAACAUGCCCAACAAGAGUUAAAGACUAAACAAGCUGAAGUUAAGAAGAUGGAUAGUGGCUACAGGAAAGAUCAAGAAGCUUUAGAGGCUGUGAAGAAACUUAAAGAAAAACUUGAAGCUGAAAUGAAAAAGCUGAGUUACGAAGAAAACGAGGAGAGCCUGUUGGAAAAGCGUAAGCAGCUGUCACGUGAUAUCAGUAGAUUGAAAGAAACAUAUGAAGCUCUCUUGGCCAGGUUUCCCAAUCUUCGAUUUGCAUACAAGGAUCCAGAGAAGAACUGGAAUAGAAAUUGUGUCAAAGGACUUGUGGCUUCUCUGAUUAGUGUAAAAGAUACUUCUGCCUCCACAGCUUUAGAAUUGGUGGCUGGGGAACGACUGUACAAUGUUGUAGUAGACACAGAGGUCACUGGUAAAAAGCUACUAGAAAAGGGAGAAUUGAAGCGUCGAUAUACUAUAAUUCCACUCAAUAAAAUUUCAGCCAGAUGUAUUGCUCCAGAAACUCUGAGGAUUGCUCAGAAUCUUGUUGGCCCUAACAAUGUUCAUGUGGCUCUUUCCCUGGUUGGAUACAAACCAGAACUGCAGAAAGCAAUGGAAUUUGUUUUUGGAACAACAUUUGUUUGUGACAGUAUGGAUAAUGCCAAAAAAGUAGCUUUUGAUAAAAGGAUAAUGACUAGAACUGUAACUUUAGGAGGUGAUGUAUUUGAUCCUCAUGGGACAUUGAGUGGAGGUGCUCGAUCCCAGGCAGCUUCUAUUUUAACCAAGUUUCAAGAACUCAGAGAUGUUCAAGAUGAGCUAAAAAUCAAGGAGAAGGAGCUACAGGCUCUAGAAGAGGAAUUAGCCAGUAUUAAAAAUACUGCUGAAAAGUAUCGCCAAUUAAAGCAGCAGUGGGAGAUGAAAACUGAGGAGGCGGAUUUGUUGCAAACCAAACUCCAGCAAAGCUCAUACCACAAGCAACAAGAAGAAUUAGAUGGCCUUAAACAAAUCAUUGAGGAAAGUGAGGAAACCUUAAAAAACACCAAAGAAAUUCAAAAAAAAGCAGAAGAAAAAUAUGAAGUAUUGGAGAAUAAAAUGAAAAAUGCAGAAGCUGAAAGAGAGAGAGAACUGAAAGAUGCUCAGAAAAAACUGGAUUGUGCCAAAACAAAGGCAGAUGCUUCCAGCAAGAAAAUGAAAGAAAAACAACAGGAAGUUGAAGCUAUCACUUUGGAACUGGAAGAGCUCAAGAGAGAGCAAGCAUCCUAUAAACAACAGCUUGAAGCUAUAAAUGAGGCUAUCAAAUCCUAUGAAGGUCAGAUUGAAGUAAUGGCAGCUGAGGUGGCUAAAAAUAAGGAGUCAGUAAAUAAAGCUCAAGAAGAGGUGACCAAGCAAAAAGAAGUGAUAACAGCCCAGGAUGGUGUAAUUAAAGCAAAAUAUGCAGAAGUGGCAAAACAUAAGGAGCAAAACAAUGACUCUCAGCUUAAAAUUAAGGAAUUAGACCACAACAUCAGCAAACAUAAACGGGAAGCUGAGGAUGCUGCUGCAAAGGUAUCCAAAAUGUUGAAAGAUUAUGACUGGAUCAGUGCAGAGAAGCACCUCUUCGGCCAACCUAACAGUGCUUAUGAUUUCAAAACUAACAAUCCAAAAGAAGCUGGUCAGAGACUUCAGAAGUUGCAAGAAAUGAAGGAGAAACUGGGAAGGAAUGUCAAUAUGAGAGCUAUGAAUGUACUGACAGAAGCUGAGGAGCGGUAUAAUGACUUGAUGAAGAAGAAGAGAAUUGUUGAAAACGACAAAUCUAAAAUCCUUGCAACUAUAGAAGAUCUUGACCAGAAGAAAAACCAAGCCCUAAAUAUUGCUUGGCAAAAGGUGAACAAGGACUUUGGGUCUAUUUUUUCCACUCUCUUACCUGGUGCUAAUGCUAUGCUUGCACCACCAGAGGGACAGACUGUUCUGGAUGGUCUAGAGUUCAAGGUUGCCUUAGGAAAUACCUGGAAAGAAAAUCUAACUGAACUUAGUGGUGGUCAGAGGUCUUUAGUGGCUCUAUCAUUAAUACUGUCCAUGCUCCUCUUCAAACCUGCUCCAAUUUAUAUCCUGGAUGAGGUAGAUGCGGCCUUGGAUCUUUCUCAUACCCAGAAUAUUGGACAGAUGCUACGUACUCAUUUCACACAUUCUCAGUUCAUUGUGGUGUCGCUAAAAGAAGGCAUGUUCAACAAUGCAAAUGUUCUUUUCAAAACCAAGUUUGUGGAUGGUGUUUCUACAGUAGCCAGAUUUACUCAAUGUCAAAAUGGAAAGAUUCCAAAGGAAACAAAAUCCCAAGCAAAAGGACCCAAAUGAUCAUAUGUGGAAGUUUGAAGAACAAUUUUAUUCUUCCUCCUCCUUGACAUAGCUUUCAAACAAACUUUUAAGAGCUUGGGAUUUAUCUAAUUUGUUUAUAUAAAAGUUGAAUGUGAUUUUGCUACCUAGCCUGCAUUUUCAAGACCCAUAAUCUCUUCUGUUAUACAAUCACUUACAAAUGAGCAAGGAUUCCUUUUUCUUAAUUAGCAUAGCUCUGGUCCAAUUAUUGUGGUUGUGAUUUUGUAUAUAACAUCAAUUGUGUUUUCUUAGACAAGUCUUUUAUAUGUUAGGGAACUUGAAAUGGUUGGUUGGUGGUAAAUCCUGUAUAUGAAAGUAAGAAUACACAGAAAUAGAUGAAAUUAAAUUAUAGGAGAAAUAUAGCUGAUAGUCAGCUUUUAAUUAGUUUAAUGACUAAGGCAAUAUUAUGCUUUCUGUUGCUAAUAAGGUCAUUCAGGCAAGAAGAAUUAUAAACCAAGUAGCUGGACCAACAAAGGGAACACAAAGAAAGCUAUUAUGUACGUAUUAAGGUAUUUGAGCCUAGCUUCUUGAGGACAGCAUGCCAGAUCCCUGUUUUAAAGUCAGAAUGGGAAAUGGAUCUUGAAAGAUUUUUCUCAUUUUUAAUGAUGUUUGAAUAUCAUGUCUAUAUGCUUAAAAAUUGGUCUCUGUAACCUUAAGGUUAUUUUGUUAAAUCUUUGUGAAUAUGUGAGUAUUUUAAUAGAAGCUCAGAAGGUGUGUUGCAUGCUGCUCUUUGCUGCACGUUAACUUGGAGUCUCCUGAUGUUUUCCAAGUAGAUUUUUGUCAAUCUUUUCAUACAUCUAGUCAAUAACAAUCUAUUGGUGAAUGAGAAUCUAGAAGCCAGCAGGCAAAAUCAAAUCUUCCCUUUUUCCCUUCAGUCUUACAUAUACAAAAAUAAAUAGAUCCAUAUAUUCUAGCAAAAUAACUCAAAAGUUUGAGGAUUAUUAUAAUUUUUUGAAUCUUCCGCUGUUUUCCAGUUUAAAGGGGUGAAGUUCCUCUAAGAACUAGAAAGAUGAAGCUAACAGAUACCAUGAAAAUACUAUAUGUAGUUCCUGGUAUCUCCAGAUACUCCAAAACAGUGUCUCCAAACUUAAUCCUGAAAGUUCUAACCUGAUCUGGUCUGAUAUGUUGGGUGUGUUAUUUUGGCCCCACAUCCCUUCUUGGUCCUUGAGUGUUAUUGUCACCAUCCCUGAUAAAUGUUCAUAUUUUGGCUCUGAGUUGUUCUCCAUGCAUAUCUGAAGAUGUCAGAUAACACCCAGGUUACUGAUGUGGGAAAGGAGGGAGGCUAUAAAUGCUGAGUUUCAAGAAGUCCAGUGUCACAGAUAAUAACGAAGAUUUUUGUUUUCUUUCAAAUGUAUUGCAAAUUGUUUACCAAAUCAGUUGUAUUAAUUCACACUUUGACAGUAAAGUAUAGUGUAUCAAUUUGACAGCAACCUAAUCACUAUUAAAUUUUCUGAUGUAAUAGUUAUAAAAUGAUUCUUUAUUGCCGUAUUAACCAGCAUUUAAAAAAUAACUAGUGGGUUGAACAUUUUGCAAAAUGUACUAAUUUACUGUCCUCGGCUACAUAUUUUCAGUCUGUGUACAUUUCUAAUUUUUGUCUUAUUUAUAGUCUUGCUCUUUGAUGAAAAUACUCAAACAUGCAUUUUUUGUGAUUAAUGUCAUUAUUGUUUGAUUAGAGGGAAGACAUUAAGGGGAACGGGAUAUUUAUUUCACACAUCCGCAAUAAUAUGAAUAACUGACAUUUAUUGAAUUCUUUCUAUACAUCAGACACUUAUUUGCAUGUAUUUUCACUUUUAAUCCUCAUAAUAAGCCAAUGAGGUGAGAAUUGUUACUAUCAGCAUUAUGUAAUUGAGGAAAUUGAGUUGAUCAGUGUUAAGAAACUUGCUCACAUUAAAAGUACAGUAAGUGAGUGACAAAGGGAAGAUACACAUCUUGGCAAUUGGUCUCCAGAAUCUAUAGUAUACUACCUCUCUGAUGGCUUGAACAUUUGCAUUUACUAUACAGAUACAUUUAAGGUAUAUGCCUGUAUGAGCUUAUGAGCAGCUUGUAAAAGAGGUGACAGUGAUCUUCAGGGAGAUAUCUUCAAACAUAUGAAGACAGGACUCUUUGUUCUCUUGGCAUUGCAGGUAAGCUAACAGCUUACAGUUUUUGGCAAUUAAUAAUAAAUCUGCUAAAAACAUUCAUUUGCAAGUUUUUGCAUGGUUUUACUUUUCACCUCUUCUGGGUAAAUACCUAGGGGUGUGAUUGCCAGAUCUUACGGUAAGACUAGUUUGAAUUUGUAAUAAAUUACCAGCCGUCAUCCAAAUUGGCUGUAACAUUUUGCAUUCCCACCAGCAAUGAUGAGAAUUCCUGUUGCAUCUUCACAAGCAUUUGGUGUCACCAGUAUUCUGAAUUUUAGCCAUUCUUGUAGGUAUGUAGUAGUAGAGAUUUAUUGUUUUAGUUUGUAAUUCCCUAUUGACAUAUGAUAUUGAAAUCUUUUCCUAUGCUUAUUUAUCAUCUUUAUAUCUUCUUUGAUAAGCUGCCCAGAUCCUUCGCCCAUUUUUUUAAAAUUGAGUUGUAUGUUCUCUUAUUGAACUUGAAGGAUUCCUUGUAUAUUUGGAUAUCAGUCGUUUAUUGGAUAUGUUUAAAAAGUAUUUUCUCACAGUCAGGGGCUUGUCUUUUCAUUCUUUUAACAGUGUCUUUUGUAGAGCAGACGUUUUUAAACUUUUAAUGAAGUCCAACUUAAUUUUUUUCUUUCAUGGAUCAUGCUUUGGUGUUGUAUCUAAAAAUCAUCAGCAAACCCAAGGUCACCUAGAUUCUCUCCAGUGUUUUCAUCUAGAGGUUGUAUAGUUUUGUGUUUUACAUUUAGGUCUGUAGUGUAUUUUCAGUUUAUGUUUGUGAAAGGCAUAAUACCUGUUUCCAGGUUUGUUUUUUUGUUUGUUUUUGCACAGAGAUGUCUAGUUGUUCUGUAUCACUUGUUGAAUUUUAUUUGCUUUUGUCUAUUUGUUCAAUUACUGAGAAGCUUUAAAGUCACCAAAUACAAUUAUGAAUUUGUCUAAUUCUUCUAAAGUUCCAUCAGUAUUUGCCUUGAAUUCUUUUAUGUUCUGUGAUUAGUAGUUGCAUGCAACUCGAAGAUUGUUUUCCCCCUUGGUAAAUUUAACUACUGGUCAUUGUCCAGUAAUACUCUAUUUUGAUGCCAAUUUUCUUUGAUAUUAGCAUCGCUUCACCAUUUUUCAUGGUUACUAUUUCCAGUUUUCUUAUGAUUACUCUUUGUUAUCUAUUUCAUUAUUUUACUUUCAACUUAGUUAUAUCUUUAAAGUGCAUCUCUACAAAGCAUAGAGUUGAGUCUUAUUUUUAAUCUCUGAUUAUUUCUUGUUUUGGAAUAUAGUGUUUUGCAAAUUCAUAUUAAUGUUAUUCACAUGACGGGUUUAAAUCUAUUUGUUAAAUUGUUUUCUAGUGUUUUUCUGUUGUUCCUUCACUGUUUAAAUUUUUAAACCGUCUUCUGUUAUUUUAGACUGUCUACUCUUGGAGAAUGCAUUUUAUAUUUUAUUGUCAAAUAAAAAAUGAAUAGUGAGGAUACCACAAUACUGAUUUUGGAGUA